UCUGGGCUCCUACCUGUCCGGAGCAGAGGGUCAGGUUCACUGCAAGCAGCGAGCAUCUCAGCACAGCCAGGAUCGGCCAGGCAGUCGAAGGAUAACACCACAACAGCAGUGAUCGAGGGCAGCAAAUGAAGACGGCAUUAAAGACUGCCAAAAUUAAAGGAUGAUGGGAACCUGUGAAAAAUGCAAAUAUUAUUCAUGAAAUAAUUACAGCAGGUGUGACUCAACAAAACGGUACAAUUAGACCCCAGCCUAUGAAAUAAGCCCAGAGAGAAAAAGGGAAAAAAAUCAUGGAGCUGCACCACAAAAGUAAUCACAACCAGGCCUCGUGGAAAGAGAUACCGUGGGAUCUAUCUGACGUGUGCCCACCCUCGGUGAGCGGCACCACCUUCCUGAUUAUCGCUUACAGCACGGUGAUGGCAGUGGGUCUGGUUGGUAACUGUUGCCUCGUGUUUGUCAUCACACGGCAGAAGGAGAUGCACAAUGUGACCAACAUCUUCAUCGCCAACCUGUCUUGCUCUGACAUCCUCAUGUGCAUCGUAUGCCUGCCUGUCACUGUCGUCUACACCCUGAUGGACCGCUGGAUCCUAGGAGAGGUCCUCUGUAAGCUCACCCCCUUCAUCCAGUGUAUAUCAGUCACCGUCUCCAUUUUUUCCCUCGUCCUCAUCGCCAUGGAGCGCUACCAGCUCAUCAUCCACCCCACUGGAUGGAAGCCUGUGGUGGGCCAGUCCUACAUGGCUGUGGUCGUCACCUGGGUGGUGGCUUGCCUAAUCUCCCUGCCUUUCUUCACAUUCAGCGUCCUCACCAACCUGUCCCUCCAGAACCUGAGUAUCCCGCUCCAGCUGGACGACCACUUUGUGUGCAUGGAGGGAUGGCCGUCAGACAGCGACCGGCGGGCUUACACCACCUCCCUGCUGAUCUUCCAGUACUUCCUCCCGCUCAUUCUAAUCAUGGUCUGUUACCUGCGUAUCUUCCUGCGCCUCAGGAGGAGGAAGGACAUCGUAGAACGCGCCAGGAACUCCAAUCAAAACAAGAACAAGGGCUCCAAGAGGAUCAAUGCCAUGUUGGUCGCCAUAGUGGUGCUCUUUGCCCUCUGCUGGCUCCCCCUCAACGUCUUUAACACGGUGUUCGACUGGAACCACGAGGCCAUCCCGUCCUGCGAGCACGACAUCAUCUUCUCGGCCUGCCACCUCACGGCCAUGGCCUCCGCCUGCAUCAACCCCAUCAUUUACGGCUUCCUCAACAGCAACUUCCAAAAGCACCUCAAGUCCACGCUGUUGCGCUGCCGCUGCUGGGGGACGGCGGAGCGGUACGAGAGCUUCCCCCUCUCCAUCGUCAGCACAGAGGUCACCAAGGGGUCGGUCCUGAGCAAAGGCUCUAGCACCAUCAAUACUUAAAUCUGAACUUUUCAGUAAGAGACUAGAAAAAUUACUGGGCCUCUUCAACUCCCGUCGUUUUGAUCAUCCAUUGGAGCUUUCCUUGCUUCGUUGUGUGCAAAAGCGAGGCUGACAUUUCCAAAGUUAUAAACCUAGUAAUGGUUAUCCAGAGGAGACAGACUGAAAACACUUAACAGGCAAGGCACAGUGCCCUCUAUUUGGUAUGAGUUCACCUGGAGGAGGAAGUAGAUAACCAAAUGAUGGUGCAAAGGUUGCACAAGUUGAUGUAUUGUAGGGCAAUUGAAGACACUUUACAAGAGCACUUUUGCUAUUAGAGGCAGUACAGUGCAUUCCCAGUGUGCUAUGGUUAUGUGUGACUGGCAACAUAACAUCUAAACCAGUUAUUCAAAACAUCCAGAGGCACAAUUUUUUUUUCUAAAGCAUAAAGAUUAAAUCCGAAGUCAGGUUUGAGUAAGUGUUGGCUGUUAAAAAUGCUUUUUUUUUUGUUACAUAUGUUUAUCUAUUGUAAUUUAUUAUGAGCAUUGGGACCAUGAGACAGUACUGAAAGGACAGAGGCAGCCAUGGCAAAUGCACCUCUCGGGGUUGUACAUUUCAAUGUUUUUUUUUUUUUUUUUUGUUAAUAGUAUUGAUGAAAAUGAAGCAGUUGUAAAGGGAUUGUGAACCGUAAUGUGUUAAUGAUUUUCCAUAGGCAGUAGCUUAUUACACUACUAAUGGAGUGAACAUUAUAGAGCAUUCAGUGUGGCUCCGGGCAUUCCAUGAACAUUUGCCAAAUGUUUUUUCUUGCAUCAUGUUAAUGCAUUUCUUUUUUAUCAUCUAAAAGGAGGCUUUUUUUUUUCCAGAGAACCUUGACAAUGACUGAGACUGAGACCUGUACACAUUUCAUGCUGUCCACCAAGGACUGUCCGCCAAUAUAUUGCUGUGUGCAGGGUUGUUUUUUUGUCAUAAAAUGUGCCAUGCAACAACCAUAUAUUAAGUGCCAUAAAACAAAAUGUAAGAGGCAGUAAAGGAGUGCAGGGUUGUUUCCAUUGUAUAUAGCCUCUGUAAGUGUAUGUACGCCCUGUAAAAGAUGUGACACAGUGAUAGUUCAUGGUGUGAUUGGCAAUAAACAGCACUCUGUAGCAUUGCAGGUAUCUCUCCUCGGA